AUGAGAAGAGAAUGCAAUAGAUGUGGUAUUAUACCAUCAGUUAUUCAUGAUUCAUCAUAUAGAGACGCAGUUAUCACGACAGCUUUUAAUAUCAUUAAAAAAAUGGUUUUCUUUAUUCAUUCCCUUCGUGCAUUUAAUAAAGAUCACAAAGGAUUAAUAUUUACCAACGAAAAAGACGUCCCAAAAGCCCAAGCAAUUCUAGAAUAUACUCAAUAA